GGCCUCCGUGGAAGCAGUCACGUAGGGCGAUGUCACCUGUCCGAUCCCCAACACCCAGCUGCAACAAAAACACCUGGAUCAACAUCUGCGCGGCCUCGUUCGCGGGGAGCUUUCGGUGAGAUGUCACGAUCUCCUUCACGCCGCCGGUGUUAGCCAGCGUGCUAACAGCGUUCGACACUGAUGCUAGCCCGGACACUUAUGUGAUCAGCUGAGUUCACCUGGGCAGUAACAUGGCUGCUCAGCUGGCCCCACAGUCUGUCCUGAGGGAGUUCUGCCCACUCUACUACCUGCUGAAUGCCAUCCCAGCCAAGGUGCAGCGGGGCUUCAGGUCAGUCCUGGUUUACCUGACAGCUUUGGACAGUAGCAGUGACUUCCUGGCUGUGGGCAGCAGCAUUGGUAUGCUCUACCUGUACUGCCGCCGGCUCGCACACCUGAACAAAUACAGCUUAGAGGGGAAGUAUGAUGCAAUCACAGCUGUGAAGCUGCUCAGCUGCUUUGAUGACCUGGUUGCUGUAGGAACCUCUUCAGGACGGGUUGCAGUCUUUCAGCUGGUAUCUCCGCUUCCUGGUCGCAACAAACAGCUGCGGCGUUUCAAUGUUGUCGGCCUCCAUAAAGGCUCUGUCACAGCGUUGGCGUGGAGCACAAACGGGAUGAAGCUUUUCUCCGGUGACGAUAAAGGACGAGUUGUGUUCACCUCUCUGGACCUGGACCAGGGGGUGUGUAAGCCUGUGUUGCUGCUGGAGGAGUCCUCAGGUGUGGUUCAGAUGGAGUAUAGUCACCAGGUGCUGCUGGUAUCAACGCAGCAGAGAUCCCUGCUAUACUGCACACAGAAACAGGAAGUGCUGCAGCUGGGCACCAAGCCCCGCAAGAGCAGUGGACGGUUCGGAGCCUGUUUCCUACCUGCUCUCUGUAAACAGAGUGACCUUCAGGUUUUUGCUGCUCGACCUGGACUUAGACUGUGGAGGUCUGACAUCAGAGGACAGGUGGAGGACACCCGGCUGCUCAAGCCCCUCUUUAACUCACAGAUACCUCAGUUUGAGUUGUUUCCUCGUCCUGACCCGAUUGGAGGGUACCGUCCAGCAGACCGCCAGCUCGGGCUGCUUCGUUGUUUCCUGAAAGAGGGCUGGAUCCUCAGUUGGAAUGAGUACAGCAUCUAUGUCCUGGACUGUCUGAACCAGCUGAUCUGUGUUCUUAAGGUGAUCAUUGGAGCUUUGGAGAGCAGCGGAGACAUUGUGUCUGUCUCCUGCUGUGACAACGAGAUCUUCGUCCUGAAAGGAGAUCGUGACAUCAUCCGCCUGUCCAAUAGCCCCGAGGGUCUUGCCUCCAACUUGUUGGACCUCUCUGUCUGUCUGUCCUCACCCUUGACCACACCCACCAUCCUCCGAUCAGUUGGAUCAGUGGAAAUUGCUCAGCCAAUAAGAACCAUGGCCAUCAUUACAGAGGGAGGGGGAAGAGAGGAUGGCGAAGGAGAGGAGGGCGGACAGGAGAAAGCAGAGGAAGAAGAGGAGGGAGGAGUGGAGGAAGUGGAGGUGGCAGAGGAGGAGCAGCAGCUGGAGGUGACUGAGCUUGGCCAGCUGUCCGGUUUGUUCGCAAGUAGUUCUCGAAGCCGCAGCAGUUCCGUCACUUCAUGGGAUGGUCUCCAUGGAAACGCUCCAGCGAGCAGUUCUUGCGAGCUGACAUCCAGACGUUACAGCGCCCCCCUGGGUCAGGAGCAGAUGCAACAGGAGCUGGUGGUAAAGCCCAUCAGAGUGAAGAAGAAAAAGAGGCGACGACAAGACAGCGGCGGUGCGACUCGCGUCUCUGAGAGCAGCUGUUCAGACUCCAUGUUUGUAGUUCAGGACGGGAGUGUCAGUGACGGAGGAAGCGGAACUCCUCUGAGCGACCGGGCCUCCCUCGUUGGAGUGGACUUUCAGAACGAGAACUCUCCAGAACACCACCCAAAUCAGGGCCCCUGGAAGACGAAAGUCUCAGAGAGAGGCAUGAAGGAAGAAGAGGAGGUGGAGGCUUCUUCCCACCAGACUGGCUCCCUGCUCCUCCUAGGCCUGGAGAACCAGCCGGACCCUGGUGCUGAGGUCGUACCGCCAACACCUGAUGUGGAUCUGCUGCUGGAGUGCACCUUCUCCUACAUGCAGAACACUGAGGAAGCAGAGGAGUUUCCAGAUCGUCAGCCGGUGGAGGCGGACGAGUUUCUUAGCCCUCUGAUUGGGCCGGAGGAGGAGGAGGACGAUGUCCUGGCCCCCUCUGCUGGUAUGACAGACCAAAUGUUCCACUCUACCGUGUCCAAUUUGGACAGGAAGCACAGUUUGCCCAGCGAUGAAGACGAUGACAUUUACAGCCACACGCUGCCCCCUGCUGGUAAUGCUGUGGACACCCUCACCUGCCUGACCAAUCCAACGGAGAAUUCGCAAGACCAGGAUGGCCAGGAGAGAGACCGGCUCAAACCUGAGCAGUUGGCGGAAAGCUGGAUGGGGUACUCAGGACCAGGAUGUGGGAUACUGAGCCUGCAGGUGACGGACAGGUAUGUGUGGUGUCUGGACUUUAAAGGUGGGCUGUUCUGCAGCCCUCUGCCUGAAACUGGACUCACUUGGCAGCGCUUUGAGGAUAACGUCCACCAGAUGGCAUUAUCGCCUUCAGGUAACCUGUUGUGGAAGGUGGAGCAGAAGAGCCUGACGGCGUUCGCGUGUGCAAAGUUUUCGGCGAAAGGAAAACGUCACUGGUACAAAGCUGUGGAGCAGGCGGCGUUCGUCGCUCUGAGUGAUGACUCUGCCUGGAUCAUCAGGACCAAUGGGGAUCUCUUCCUGCAGACAGGUCUAAGCGUGGAGCGGCCCUGCGCUCGCUCCAUCAAGGUGGAGACCCCCUGCGUGUUCAGCCAGGUGUGUGUGCGGGCAGGUGUGGUGUGGGCCCUGAGCGAGCACCAAGCUUUAUUCUACCGAGAAGGCCUGAACAGCUACUGCAGCGAGGGUGAGGGCUGGAAGUACGACACCGUCAGUGAGGCUCAGGGUCUGGAGCUGAUGUGCGUCGCCCUGGGAGAUGGUGGGACGGCAUGGGCUCUGGAUGCCAGCGGCAGCCUGUGGUUUCGGACUGGCGUGUGCUUGUCCAGACCGCAGGGAGAGGACGAUCACUGGUGGCAGAUCAGCAUCUCGGACUACGUGGUCUUCGAUCAGGGCAGUCUGUUCCAGACCCUGCUGCAGGCCACGCAGAGUGUUGCCACAGUAACCAGAGCACCUGUGGAGCGCGUUGUGGCCUUCCUGUCACAGUACUCCCAGUGCCAGCCGAGCCUGGUCAGCGCUAAUGCCAGCGGCGUCUGGGUGGCCUCAGGGCGGAACCAGCUUCACCUGGCACGCGGCAGCCUCGUGGGAACUUUCUGGCAGAACGUCGUUCCCAGAGGAACCGUCUCUGCCACCAGGUGGACCUUCAUCACAUCUUCAGCGGUGCCUCACAGAGAAGGUACCUUCCUGUGGCUGGCUCAGAGCAGGAAGGACUUGUUCUGUGUUUGGGAUCAGGAUGGAGAGCUCCGCCCCUCGUCAGUCCUUUUACCACCUGAGGUGGAGCUGACUCACCUGUCCGCCUGCCGGGAUGCUCUGUGGGGGCUGGACACGCACGGCCGGGUCAGCAUUCGGACUCUGUCCCCGUCCUGCCCUGCCGGACUGCAUUGGACCCCCCUGGACCUGAGCCAACUCGGAAGUGUGCGUCUGGUGAGCGUGAGCUGUGGCAGUCAGAACGUCUGGGCCGUGGACAGCCGAGGAGUCGUUUACUUCAGAGUCGGGACGCAGCCGCUCAAUCCCAGCAUGAUGCUGCCGGCCUGGAUCCAGAUUGAACCACCUGUACAGCCGAUCGGAGUGCAGCUGAUGAGCAUUCAGACGAGUCCUAAUGACAGGCUCCUCUGGGCGCUCGACAACAGAGGAAGCGUCUUUGUCAGGACCGGGCUCAGCGACGAGAUGCCCGUGGGGACAGAGUGGGAGCUGGUUCCAGGUCUGGCUGUGAGUCAGCUAGUCCUCAGCUGUCGGACUGCGUGGGUUCGUUGCGUAAAUGGAGAUCUGGCUCGCCGCUACGGCGUCUCUGAACGAAACCCAGCCGGAGAUUACUGGAAGAAGAUCCCUGGGAAUGCCAGCUGGUUCACUGUCACUCCAGAGGAUGAGUUGUGGGCAGUGACUCAACUUGGUGGAUUGUCCCAUCGGCUGACGAAACUCCUCCCACAGACGCCCCUCAGACCCCCUCCCUCAAGCCCCGCUCUUGGAGGGGAUGAUGUUGAUGACGAAUGGGAGCUCAUCUAACCUGUGACAUCACAGCGUCGCCUGACAGAGUGCUGUGACACAUCAGUGACAUCACUUCCUCUUCCUUAGGGACAGACAGGAUGUGACAUCAUAUCUGGGCUUCCUGUGAUGGCUGCCACUCAGGUAGGCCAGGGUGUUGCUGGGAAAUGAAGUGAAUGUUUUAUUUAGGUUUUAACAGGAAGCACUUUAACUGCAGAAGGGAGGGGCAGGGUGCCCCCUGAGAUCAGUCCUGAUUGGAUCUAUUCUACUUGGUUCUUUUUUAACUUAUUCUAACGGGGUCAUUGUAAAUAGAGAUGUUAAAGGGAUGUGUCACUGACUUGAAGCAGCUCCACUUUCUUCCUCUGAGGCUCAUUAAAAGUCAUAGUUACCAUGGUAUAGACAGGAGCUCCGCCCACUAACACAGCAGCAUGAAAACAUGUAAAAAUCUCCCGGAGACUGAAUCAAAACCAGAAAUCGGGACUCUAAUGGACAGCAGUGGAGUUCUGGUGUUGGCCCAGGUGUCUAGUGGACCUUUAAGCACCGCCUGAUUGUCUCUGACAGUGUUGAGCAGCUGUGAUGUCAUCCUGUGUAGACUGAUUGGACAGAGUCAGUGUAAACUCACCUGUUGUGUUUCAUCCAUUAACUUAAUAAACACAUUUAAACACUGA